GGCUCUAAACUGUGAGGUACUGUCAAAAAAAACUCUUCCACACUCAAAAUAGCUACGUUACAGAGGAGAGUUGGAACGUGUUCUGGGAGUGGGUGUGUUUGUUUGAGUUCAGUGUGUGCAGAAAAGGCAAAGCCUCCGCAGCCAUUCACACACUUCCCUCCUCAGCGAUGGGUACGCAGACAGCAGAGCUCCUGGACUAAGUCUCUGAAUGUGUAUCACGAGAUACCUCCCUCUGCCGCUCCCCAGAGGCUCCUGUUAAUCAACCUUGGCAGGGCCCACAACCCCACCUCCUGGAAAACUCAAGGAGCCUGACAUCUGCCUGUGACGAGCUCUUAGAGAGGCCUCACAAGAGCUCACGCAAUCUCUCUUGGCAGCAAACUGCCCAAGCAAGCCCAUUUCCUCAAAAGAUGGUGGAGGACUUUGCAGCCUCCUAUAUUGCUCUGAAACUAGAGAAUGAAAUUCUGCAGGCCCGGGUGCAGAGGCUGAUGGAAGAAAAUGCUGCCCUGCAGGCCCAGAUCCCAGAGCUCCAGAAGCCCCGAGCAGCCACCCAGGAGCCCGCCAAACCCUCAAAACCCCCCGAUCCCUCAGCAUCCUGGGACCCCCCAAACUCCCCAGGGUUUGAGGAGUCCCAGAAGCCCAGAGAGCCCCAGGCACUUCCAACUGCCCAGGGGCUCUCAUCGGCCUGCGAGUCUCAAAAGCCUCCAGAGCCUACGGAGCUUGAGAAGCCCCUGAUGGCCCUGGAGGACCACAAGCUCCCAGGAGUCAAGGAGGCCCAAGAGGCCCCUGAUACCAAAGAUGCCCCAGAGGCCCAGGAGGCCCAGGAGGCCCAGAAUUCAGGGCUGCGGGAUCCCCCAAAUGCUCAGGAGCCCCAGGAGACACCAGAAGGCCAGGAGACCUCAGCAUCCCCGGAGCCCCGUGAGCUUCAGGCUCCCCAGGAACCUCUGGAGUCUCACUUGCCCCAGGAGCCCCUGGAGGACCUAAUAGCUGUUGAGACACCAGCCGCUUCUGAGUUGCUACAGUUCCCCAGUGGGUUAGAGGCUGAAGCCUUCCCCUUAGAAUACCCUCUGCCCUUCAAGGGGAAGGCCCCGAAGCUGCCCGAGGGCCUGGUUCAGCUGAAUAGUUAUGUGAGAGUCAGAGGGCACCUGUAUCCCACGGAAGCAGCCUUAGUGAGCUUUGUUGGCAACCGCUUCUCAGGUGAGGCGGGAAGGUGGUUCCAGCCCUUAGUAGAGAUUCAAAGCCCCCUGCUGGAGCAAUUUGAAAGCUUCAUUCAAAUGCUCCAGGAUGCUUUUGACAAUCCAGAAACCAUGGAUGAUGCCAACCACCACUUCCGUCAGCUUUGCCAGGGGGAGGACCCUGUCCACCAGUGUGUGACCCACUUCCACCUCAUCGCUCAGGUGCUAAACUGGGAUGAAAGUAGCCUCUGCAUCCAGUUUCAGGAAAGGCUUGCCAGUUCUAUCCGAGAUGAACUGUCUCAGACAAGCCCAGCCACCAACCCCUCUGAUAUGAUCACCCAGUGCAUCAGCCUAGAAGAAAAGCAAAGCAGUAAGCCCGAUGUAAAUGCAGAAGGGGCAAAUGCCUCUGAGGAGAGAGCUGGGCCCGAGAGUCCACCAGCUGAAAACAGACCUGUGCAGGAUGCAAACAACCGCCCACACCUCAGUGAAGCUGAACGGGCCCGCCGCCGUGUUGGCCACUUGUGCCUCUACUGUGGUCAUCCUGGUCAUUUUGCCAGAGAUUGCCCUGUCAAGCCUCAUCGUGCCCAGCAGGCGGGAAACUUCGAGGCCCGGCGGUAAGGGGGAACCCGGGCGGGCCAAUCUACAAAUACGCAUCCCCCUCACUUCCAAUAUCCAUGUCCCGUACCCUAUGGCUUACUGUUGAAAUUCGACUGGGAAGACGACAAUUCUUCGAGCAAGCGAUGGUGGAUUCAGGCUCCUACAGGAACAGCAUUGACCAUUCCGUGGUUCUUCGAGAGAAGCUGCCCAUCCGCAAUAACAUCUUCCCUCUGAUGCUCGAAACAGUAGACGGACGUCCACUGAUUAAUGGACCCAUAACUAAGGAAACACCACCUGUCGAAGUUAAAAUUGGAAACCACGUCGAGGAGCUCCAGUUUGAUAUUAUUCAUGCACCACGAUACCCUCUGAUUCUUGGAAUCCACUGGCUUGAAACACACGACCCAAACAUAGAGUGGAGUACCCGCACUGUGUCCUUUCCAUCUCGUUAUUGUCAUUACAACUGCUUCAAGCACAGGUGGAAUAGAAGACGUCGUGAUGAAAUAAUUGCUGGGUAGAUCCUGUGUCCUAGUGACUGCUCCUGGCAACCUGUCUUCUGUUACCUCAGCUGUCAUCAGCAUUUGCUGCUUCCAGAAACUUCCACUGAAUCUCUGGCAAUGAACAAAGGCUACCUGUACAACGACCCUGCCUCUUGGAUCAUGGACUGAACCUGACGAAUUUGAGCUGCUCUUCUUUCACCAAAACUGCAUGCCCCUUUCUUUUGAACCCUGCAUUACUGCGGGGCUGUUUUAAUUACAAUUUAUACUAACAAUAUGCAUGAGAAUAGAUAUUAGAAACUAACAUGGAGAAAGUAUAGUUGUUAGACUGACUUUAUUUUUUUCUUAUCAAGAUUUUCUCUAGCACAACAAUAUA